AUGUGCGUCCCUCCCGAAGCUGCGUGCUUGGUCGAAGAGGACGGCCUUCCCCGAAUAGAGACAAACCGGUCUUUGGUCGAGGUUAUACGAGAUCCAUUUCACCUCUUUGAGAACAAGAAUAAGAACAUCAAACUCUACGUCCACUGUGUAUUCAUCAUGGAUAUCUGUGAAGAGCUGAUAUUAGAAUAUCUCAACUUUAUCCAUGGUGUGGUUGACUCUGAGGAUCUGCCCCUGAAUAUUUCUCGAGAAAUGCUCCUGAAGAGGAAAAUCUUGACACUUAAGGAGUUCAAUGGGAAGAACGUGGUCUCAGUUAUAAAGGAAAGCCUGGAGCUGCCUGAGGAUGAAAAGGAGAAAAGAAAAAUGGAGGAGAACAAGGCUAAGUUUGAGAACUUGAAAAAAAAAAAAAAAGAAAACUUGGAUGAGAAGGUUGAAAAAGUAACAAUAUCCAAUAGGCUUUUUUUUACCUGCUGCAUUAUGACUAGCCCCUAUGACUGGAUAGCCAACAUGGAAUGGAUCAUGAAAGCCCAGGCCCUUUGGGACAACUCUACAAUGGGCUACAUGAUGGCCAAAAAGCACCCGGAGAUCAACCUUGACCACUUCAUUGUGGAGACAGUGCGACAGAAGGUGGAGGCAGACAAGAAUGACAAAGCUGUCAAGAACUUCGUGGUCCUGUUAUUCAUAAUUGCCAGGCUGUCCUCUGGCUUCUCACUUGAGGACCACCAGACCCAUUCCUAUGGUAUCUACUGCAUGAGCAAGCUAGACCUGGAUAUUGAUGAAGAUGAAGUGACAGCCAAGGAAGCCAAUGCUACUGUUCCUGAUGAGAUACCCCCUCCUGAGGGCAAUGAGGAUGAAUCUUGCAUGGAAGAAGUAAACUGGAAGUUUCUACCUGCAGAUUUGCCCUCUGGUGGGUAUAUGGCUGCCAAGGUCCAGAAAUUGGAGGAACAGUUUUGUUCAGAUUCUGCUCUGCAGAAGGAUGGAAGUUCAUCUACAAUUUUUAGUGGAGUUGCCAUCUAUGUUAAUGGAUAUACAGGUUGA